UACCUCUCAGCUUAGUCGUUUCCAGCUUAAGCUUAGUGCGCGCGCGUGUUGCGGAAACUCGAGCGCUGGUCGAAGCGACGAACCCAAAAAAUGAUUUUGUGAGUGGUGUCGUCUUCCUCCACGAUGCAAACCUCCGAGUCGAACUUGUUGCCCCCCUGCGAGUCCCCCAAGCCCGACGUGGUGCCCUUCAACCUCGCCAUGUUGCAGGAGAACAUCCUGCAGCGGUCCAUCCAGAACGUGGCUCUCUCCCUGCAAAACGCCAUGAUGAACUCGCUGCAGCAGGCGGCGCUCUUGCCCGCCAACUCGGCCGCCGCCGCCGCCCUCAACCUCCAAGCCCUCGAGUCGUAUCUCACUCUCCAGCAGCUCGCCGCCCCCAACAACCGCAUCGAUAUACUCAAAAUUGCGACGAGUACGGCGAAAAUCAACGAGGAGCCUGAUACGAGUCUCACGGAGGAUGUGGACCUCGCCGAGGAGGUGGAGGAGGAUUUGGCGCUCUUGGAUAAUGAGUUUCCGGUGGCGAGUUCGCCGGUUGAUACGAGUUAUCCAAGUUUGAUCAUGAAUUCGCCGUAUCAGAGUGGGGGGGGACAAGCCACGGCGACGACGUCCACCACCACGACGAAGAAGCCUUCCACCAGGCCCAAGAAACAAUUCAUUUGCAAGUUUUGCAAUAGACAAUUUACCAAGAGUUAUAAUUUGUUGAUCCACGAGAGGACUCACACGGACGAGAGGCCAUACUCUUGUGACAUCUGCGGGAAGGCCUUCCGGAGGCAGGACCAUCUCAGGGAUCAUAGGUAUAUCCACAGUAAGGAGAAGCCGUUCAAAUGCACGGAAUGCGGCAAAGGCUUUUGCCAGAGCCGGACUCUGGCCGUGCACAAGAUCCUCCACAUGGAGGAGUCCCCCCACAAGUGCCCCGUGUGCUCCCGCUCCUUCAACCAGCGCUCCAACCUCAAAACCCAUCUCUUGACCCACACCGACAUCAAACCUUACAACUGCUCGGCCUGUGGGAAGGUGUUUCGAAGAAAUUGUGAUUUGAGGAGGCACAGCUUGACCCACAAUCUCGGCACGAGCACUUCGACGACGGCCACCGGCGCCCAGAACUUCACCAUAGACUCGAUCAUGAGCAAGGACAAAAAGUGACUGUUGUUAAUUCUUAUUAUUGUAAAUAAAUGUUGUAAAUUAAUUUUAAUAAAGUUUCUGUGGACGAA